UGUAGAUCAUUAGCAAGCUGGAACCGAUCUUUUUAUCAUUCUACAUCGAGCACCCGAAGACAGCCACAGUCAAAUUUUAUACGUGACAAAAAUGACCGAUACACGUGCAUUAGCCCAUGCCCGAGGAGCCAUGAAAAUAGCCGAAGUGGCCUUAGCUGUUGUUUGCCUUGUGGUUUAUCGCCAUUACAAUUUGAGUUUCGGUGGCACCGAUACGGCGGCAGCAGAUCGUUACAUUGUUGGAAUGGUUACAUUUGGAGGCAUGCUGCUCAUCACUGGUCCGUUGCUUCUUGCAUAUAUCCGAAACCCAGCCGGAAUUGUUAAUUAUUACACGCCGUUUCUCGAAGUUAUUUAUAACCUCAUUGGAUUCGUGCUUUUCUUAACGGUCGGAGGAUUGGUGCUGGAACAUUACAAAGGACAUUUAAAACCCCUGGAAGGCAGUGAGCCUGGAGUCGCCCUGGGGGCGAUUUGCUUGGUCAAUUCUAUUAUUUACUUGAUUGACGCUUCGUUGGCUAUUAAGCAAGGGACGGAAUAAUGCAAGUGGUGCUGCCCAGCCCAAAAGGAACCAAUUUAUUGAUUUUUGAUUUUUAAAUGUAGAUUGCUGGAAUAUGCCUUACAAAA